GGCGGUCAGUCAGCUGAGUAAAUCAGUGCAGCGUGAUCACGCCUCAUGCAACAUGGACCGGGGCGGCUGCACUGGCUGGGUCGCGACCUAUCGCCAGUUAGCUGAUACGCCGAUUUUGAACGACAGAGACUAACAGGACGCGGUACACAGCUCUGCUGCGGCCGAUGUUUCUGUGCCGCUCUCCCAAAGGGCAGAGCUAGGGAAAACACCUCGCCACACAUUGUCCUAUUGAUUGCAACACCAACGGACGGGGCUUGUUCACAUCACUCAGCGCUGAAUACUUGUUCGACGGACACGCCGACUGGAAGGCUCGGCGCACAUUGUCCUUGCACCGCCAUGACCGAACCAGGCACGUUUGACAGAUAUGCCGUCCUCCGGUCAUACGAACCCCGCGAUGUGCAAGUCGAAGAAAGCAGCGAUUCCGCACAUCUCGGACAGAGAAACUCGGACGAUCACAGCACAAGAUCUGUCAUAACGCACCUCGACGCCGCCGGGCUGGGCAUCAUCGGCAGGGUUCUGUCGGUUGUGUACGGGACAUGGCACGGUACACCGGCGACGCUCGUGUCGUUCCAGUUUCGAUUUCGCAGCAGAGCUGGGAGCUUUCGGUUCAGGACGUCUGAGAUCGCCGUCACCUUUGACAAGGCCAGCAGCAUCCUUCGCGUUGACUCUGGCGACGACGCCGCUGCUAUGGCCAGCCCGCCCGCCGUUGUUUCACUCUACCCCAAAGCCCUGGAUGGCGGCGAGUGUGGGUGCUCGAUCAAAGGCUCGUACUGGCUGAAGAAGAACCAAAACGUUGCCAAUCAAGUAUACUGGAAGAUACGUGAGAACAACAGCGCGGAGACCUCUGGCUUACCCGACCAAGUUGGUCUCUGCGUCGUAGUGACUAGUCGCGGUCCGUUCCUAGGCGUCGUGGAGGCGGAGGCAACCUUGAAGCUCGCGCCCAAGGCCAAGUUCUCCUUCAGAAACCUCCCAUGGUCAAAGGACGACCCUCUCCUCUUUGACGGAAGAACUGGAAAGGGACCUCCAAUGGAGCAAACGAGGUUCGACACUCUGACAGAUGAGCAAUGGGCAAAAUGGAUAGCUAUGCUCCACGGAAGUUUGUCCUUUCCACCGUCCAUGAAAUCGGAGGACACUCUGAUGGAGGACACUUCUUCCGGCACAUCAUCCUCCACAGAACAAACCGGACGUGCCGACUUAGUGUAUCGUAUACGAGGCAUCCCUGCAAGUUGGUCCGAGGACAAGCUUGUUCUCGAGUUGGCCGCUCUGUUCUCUAUUCAGGCCAACCAACUCUCACUGCUAACCUUUGCACGGAGCGCGUUCGCCCAUCGCUCACGCGAGGCUGCGGUGGCGGUCGUCUCGUUCCUUUCUGGACCGCCUCGCGUCCUGGUAUCAGAAGAACGACAGUGGUCAUUCUCGAUCCCGGGAGUUUCGUCUGGACUGGGAGCCGCCAUCGCGACACUGGUGCUUGACCGGGAUUUCGAGGGUCUCACGCCGCUUGGACGGAUUUCUCCCACCAGCACGCUCUUCUACGCCGACAUCAUUGCGGUUCCAGGCGUUGGAGGCCACGCGUACGGAUCGUUCAAGGAGAGAGGCAGGUCAUACAUGUGGUUGCAAGAUUCUCUGCCAGUGGACCUGCGGCUGCUCCCAGAGUCCAAGGAGGCGCGGGUCCUAAUUUAUGGCUAUGACUCGCACUUGUCGGAAAGUCAGUCGUUCCAGAGCCUCUGGGACCUGGGCGGCAAGCUGCAGGCCACCAUCAGGGAAAGCCGUUCCGAUUCUCAACCCCAACGACCAAUCGUGCUCAUAGCUCACAGUCUUGGUGGCCUUGUUGUCAGAGAAGCGAUCAUCCGCAUGAGUCGGGGUAAUGAGCGUGAUCGACAUGCCUUGAACUGUAUUGCGGGCGCGAUGUUUUUCGGAGUGCCUAACAAGGGGAUGGACAUCACAUCUCUGAUCCCCAUGGUUGGCCACCAGCCUAAUCGACCUCUUCUAGAUUCCAUCUCCUCGGACUCGGAGCUUCUGGGAGCGCAAAGCGUGGCGUUUCAGGACGCAGUCUCGUCCAUGUCGUCCGGGGGGCUCCCAAUCUUCUCCAUCUACGAGACGUUGCUUUCCCCCACCGCCGUUCAGGAGGGAUCAAAGUGGAGAAUGGCUGGCACGCCUGCCAUGCUGGUCGACCGUGACUCGGCAACGCAUGGUCGGCCGUUGGACGCUGAGAGCAGGUUUGUGCUGGGCUUAAAUAGAAACCACUCCGAUCUAGUCAAGUUUGAACGCAAUUGCGACGAUUAUGAGCUUGUGCUGGGGUUCUUGAAAGAGAUGCUGACAGGCUACGAAGUAGCAAGUAAAGCGGAUGGCGGGUGACUUUCAGACUCCGACUCUGUGGUAGCAUCGAGCAUGUACGCCUAGCGAGGGUAUAAUGUCGUGGAAAUCAUGACAUCAAUGCAGUGCAUCCCGACUAGUCAUGGGGUUUCUCCAUUCAAGACACGUCGGACAUUAAUCCGAGAAAGCAUACGAGGUGAUCGUGCGGGAAUUUCGCAGAGCACGGUGGUAUAUUAGAUCAAUAACUGCCACACCGUAUCAGGUUCACACAGCCCAAGGGACCGGAAUCAGCCGGAAAGUAUAUGAACUUCUGUGCUGUUUGAGCCAGUGGCGCUCUUCUUGAUAGCAACGAGGUCGGAAAUCCCAGGUCUGUUC